CAAAGCGCGGUCAUGCCUCGCUGGCAGAGUCGCUGAUUUUUUUGCUCCUCUCACAAGGACAACAAAUCAGUUGAUCUUGACCAUCAUGCAAUAUACCAAUUGCGCAGCCUGUGCAUUGCUUUCUCGCUAAAAGUGACGCGCUUGCUCUCGUUGCCGCCAGUUGCCCUUCUCCCUUGCGUCGGGCUUACAUCGAAACAUCACUGCCGGUUUCCAAACCGAGAUCAAGCGCUGUUCGGGACAGCAUCUAGCAAUCUUACCAGCCGUUUAAUCUUACUUCUCCAUGCGCUGGCCAUCGACCGACUGAUCUUCACAAUGGAGGGGGCAUUACCGGGCCGCUUCAAGCUAUUGUUGCUCUUACAACUCGCCGUCGCUUACCUCAUUAAGGCCGCAUAUAUCAACCAGCAGGAACCGUUGGGUAUCAAGGAGGAGCUAACAUCCCCUUUGACCAUUUCCGCACCGUUAUUCGCGUCUCUCGAACGACUGGCUAGGCUGGUUGACGUGUCGUAUUGCCUGGGUACUUCAGGCAUUCGCAAGCCCUUCCAGUGUCUCUCCCGAUGCGACGAGUUCCCAGAGUUGACGCUGGCUACCACUUGGAGCACAGGCAUCCUCUUUAGUGACAAUUGCGGAUUCAUCGCCAUCGACAAUGGUUCGGAACGGCAGCUUCUCGAAGCAAAUCGAAACGAUGCAGCGAAUGAGAGGCAGGGCGCCAUAGUCGUUGCGUUCCGCGGGACUUACAGCAUCACCAAUACCAUUGUUGAUCUCGGCACUAUCCCGCAAAAAUACGUGCCUUACCCAUCCCCAGAUGAUGGAGGAGAGUCCCCAGAAAAGCCCAGCCACAAAUGCACAAACUGUACCGUACACAUGGGGUUCCUUGAGUCUUGGAGGAGCGCUCGGGAAGCUGUUCUGCCGGAACUAAAGGCCCUUCGAGACAAAUAUCCGUCUCGCCCUAUUCAGCUAGUAGGCCAUAGCCUUGGAGGAGCCGUGGCCUGUCUUGCAGCCCUAGAGCUGAAGGUAUCGCUGGGCUGGGACGACGUAACCGUUACCACCUUUGGAGAGCCUCGAACCGGCAAUGCCCAAUUCGCCCGCUUCGUGAACGACGUAUUUGACCUCAAUGGAACAACUGACCUUGAGAAGCGAAGCUAUCGACGAGUCACUCACGUCGACGACCCUGUGCCCUUGCUACCGCCGAGCGAAUUCGGCUACAAGUCGCACAGCGGCGAGAUCUUCAUUUCCAAGUCCUCUCUAUCGCCCUCGGAAACGGACGUGCAUCUCUGCAUUGGCGAUGAAGACCCCAACUGCAGUGCCAAAGAUGACAGCACGAUGAAGAGUCUGCUGCAUCGCCUUCUCCAUUUCCGCUGGACGACUACCUCUUUGCAGGCUUACACAGAGCGGAUGAGCUUCCCAGCGCGAUUUAAGCUAUGGCAGCUGUUUUUUGCUCAUCGGGAUUAUUUCUGGAGGCUCGGCUUAUGCGUUCCCGGUGGCGAUCCUACAAACUGGGGUCGGCAUUCGUAUGAGCCUCACGAUGAAUAUCUAUAACCGUUGUGGGAAAGAAAGAAAAAAAAAGAGAGAGAAGAAAGCAGGAAAUACUACAUUGCAGCGAUGCAUGGUGGGUUUGACGAGUAGGUAGCAAACCAACUUAUCUGAGAAGUAGACUUACACUGAGAAGGGCAGGUUGGAUACCUCUGUAUCUAUAUAGGACGCGUAUCAUUUUGGGUAAAGGUGAUGAACAUCGGAAGAGCGAGCAUAAACACUGUGAAACGACGAGCAAGUAGUCAUUGUAAACGGCCGC